AUGGGUAUAUCGUUGAAGAUCAAGAUCCCUGUGGGCUCUAGGAGACGCCCCAGUAAGACGUCUACUGGACAGAAACCCCCAGGCGAAGGCAGCAGCCGCAAACAUGCAAAUGACCAUCGCGGUGGAGGCCCCCAAUCUCCCUGCCCCUCACACAAACCUGAACCAAGACCCAGACUCUGUAUCGCGCAACCCACACCCUACAACUACAACACUGUGGAACGAAGGCCUUCGACUGUGCUCUUAGACCCCCACGUAGCAACCCACACCAUCACCACCCCAACCCCCUCCUCGCACCGCCACCGCCGCCGCAGUAGCAUCUCCAUCCACUCACCGCCCAGGAGUUCUCACGGCUACGUCGAAACCCGGCGCCACCGCCGCCGCUCCUCCCAAACCUCAACCCCUAGAUCCCCCGUAAGCCCGCUCGGCACAUCUCAUUUCGAGUACCCUUCCCCGUGGUCGCGCCCACGACUGACCAUCCAGCGCGAUGAGUACGGAUUCAGCAUCCGCACGCCGUCUACGCCGGCUGGGCAGGCGAAUGAGUAUGGGAUGAGUGCUCUGGCGCCGGUGAAUUCGGACGAGUAUAGCUAUUUUGCGCCACAGGUGAGCAGUGCGCGGAAGGAGGAGGAAGGGGAGGGGAAGAGUGUGUGGACAGAGGAUGAUUUGCGGGGGUAUUAUAGUUAUGGGGUGGGGAGUGUGGGGGCAGCGGCGGGGAUGGGAGAGCAGCCUGGGAGAAGUGGACAGCCUAGGAGGGAGAGUAGGGUUAGGUUUGCUUAG